CUCGUCGCUCUCUGUCCUUGCGUCCCAUCGGCGAGGUCGCCAUCCCCUCUCCCUCCUCUCCGCUCCGCUCCCCACCACCCGUCGCCUCCCUCCUGCCCUACCUGUCUGUGCUGCGUCUCCUCCGGCCCUCUCCCAGCGGCUGGCGGUCGUGCCGCAGGCCGCCGGGGCGACGUACAUCUACACGACCGGCUCCGGCUGGGGGCUGGACCACCGCGCAGAGGUUGCGGGGGAGCACGGGACGCCGUACUUGCGGGAAAGCGCGGGACGACGACGGCGGAGAACCCCGGGGGAGGAGAGAGAAACUCUGCCUCUCACUGCAGCAGGGAAACCCCUUGUCUGCUCCUGCUUCUCGUCCUCCUUUGUCUGAAUAUUUUUUUUCUCUCAGGUUUUCUUCAGAAGAAGUUGAAAAAGGAGAGUUUUUUUCGAUGGAUGGUCAGAGGAGAUGUGCGUGUGCAAAAUGGUGUCUUCUAAUUGGACGCAAUGGAGGUAUUGAAACUUCUUUUUUGGGUGCAUCAAGGAAAAAUCUACUACUGGUGCAGAUCAAGACCAGCUGUUGGGUGAUGACUGAUGACACUCUGCUGGAUGAUGGUCAUUAAUACAUAUUUGUCCGGUUAAACUUUGCUGGCAUUGAUAGGGUACCUGUCACACUUAACGAUGACUAAUCAUCACCUUAUGAAGCUGAUUUGGCCUUAUCAUAUUAUUUGGUACUAUUUAAUUACGCCCAUCUUCGCCAUCGACGCCCGGUAUGCCACAAUUACACAGAAGAUGUAAUAUCAAUUCGGGCUGGAAGAACCAUUAGAAUGGUUCAUCUUGUGUCAGACGGCAAGUAAGCAGUGACAUUUAGUACGGUAUUUAAACUGAGGUUUCUGUUAUCACUCCCAACUAGUGAGCUUGGAGUUAUGGCUAACCCAACUUGUAAUGAGAAUAUGAAGGGCUGGACAACAAGGGUUGGAAAUGACAGCCAUCUCCUGCUACCAGUUCGGCAAGAAGAAGAAGCAGAAAAAGGAUUUUGUUUAUGGAUGGUCAGAGGAGAUGUGCGUGUGCAAAAUGGUGUCUUCUAAUUGGAUGCAAUGGAACUAUGGAAACUUCUUUCUUAGUGUGGCAGCUGUUAGGGAGUUUGUUCGAAUGUUUUGUCAAUUGGGUAUUUCACAUCUUAAUGCUCUGUUCGCACAGUCACUGAAAGAUUUGUAUGAAAAGCAUAAUGACACAGCUGAUGGGCGCAUUAGGGUAUGGUUUGGGGUCAGACAGAUCAUCAAUGUAACAAAUCAUUUACUGCUUGGAAAAACAGAUGCUGGUCAGAAGCUGAAUACUGGAAUUCACAUGACAAGGUGUAACUCCAUAUGUUGGAACCCCAGGGAACCUAUGAACUUCACCGCUGGCAAUGAAGAUACACAUUGUUAUUCCUUUCAUGCUGGAAAGUUGGAUGAAGCCAAAGUUGUUCACAAGGGACAUGUUUCAGCAGUGAUGGAUAUUGAUUAUUCACCAACAGGGCGUGAAUUUGUUACGGGCUCCUAUGAUAGAACCUUCGGUAUGGAUCUUGCAAUAUAAUGGUGAUCAUAGCAGGGAGAUAUACCAUACCAAGAUGUUGCAAAGGGUUUUUUGUGUGAGAUACACCUAUGAUGUCUAUCUGAAGCCAUGCAAUUGCACACUGGGAAUUCAGAUAGUUUUUCAUAUUUUGGGUACAGCAUUGAGCUAUUUAAAUAGUCACCGACCUGUGCGUUGCAGGGCUAAUAAAUACUUUUAUUCUAAAUAUUAAACAUUUCAAUUAUACACUAAAUAUGCUGCUCAGUCUUCAAAUUAUACAAGGGUUUAAACUAGAAUAAGAGUCCAUGCCAGUUACAUCUUAAUAGUUACUAAUACCAAACUCUGAAACCAAAUUAAUAAAAAUAUACUGAACCCAGGAUGGGUAAAACUUCAUAUGUGUUGAUUGUUAAUUUUGCUUAAAUUAAUACUA